GUUGUCAGUAAUUUUUCUAUAGGUAGAAACGCAGAGGACACAUGAAAAUCGAUUUUAUGUUUACCAUAGACUUUGUUCAGUUUAAUUUUUAGUUAUUCAGUUUGGUACAUUAAAAUUUUAUAUAGAUAUUGAAUUUUACUGAAUUUACCGUAUGCGGUAAAAUUUUCCGAUGAAAUGUACAUACAUAAAAUUUAUUAAAUUGUAUUUAUACUAUAAAUUAAAAUUAUCCUGUGAUAUCUGCCUUGGUUUCUUUAUAAUUACUGAGUUUUAUUGUCUUUUAACAUCUACAUUUUUUUUCUUCAGUAGAAUUUCUAUUUUUUUUUUUUUUCACGAUAUAGAAAUAUCUGAAACAUGUAACAACUACCCCUCGUCGACUCUAUCACUGUUAAUUGCUGUCUCACUUAUUGAAAUUUUUUUGGAAUAUGAAUUUUUAUGCCCUUGUGUAAAGUUGUAAAUCGGUAGCGUAUAUCCGCAGUGUAUAUUUUUCCACCUUUUCAAUCCAUAUUGGAUAUUAACUAUCAAAUACAUUAAUUUCUGCGGAGUUCUGUAUACUUGAUUUAAUAAUACAUCGAAUUCACAUUGCCUGAUUUUGUAUAUAGUAUAACGAAUAACGAAAUUUAAUACGGAAAUUUCGAUGGAAGCUUGAAGCUAAAUAGGGAUCUGAGGAAUGUUUAAUCGAAAUAUAAAUAUUUAAGUACAAACACCCUAUUUCGUUUAAAGUUGCAUCAUGUAAAUUUCCUAAAAAAAUUUUAACAUAAUAUAAAACAUCGAUAAAUGAAACGAUCUUACGAUUUCCCGACGCUCUUCGGUUGAAAAACACGUUAUCGAAGCAUAACUAUGAUGCGUUCAACGUUAAACAGAGAAGAGAAAUAUAAAAAGAUAAAUCAAAUAUAUUUCGAUAAACAUGAUUAAUCUUACAAAUGGAUUACUCACUUGUAUAAACUAGAAUUCGUACAGGAUUUCGACACCUAUAUGUCAACAGUACCAGACUUUACAUAUCGAUAAAUUUCGUUCGUCGAAAUUUUCCCUUCAAGUCACUUUCGGUUCGAGAACGUCCCGAUGUAACGUGUCAGAAGGAUAAUGGUAACUAAAUUCCGGCUGAAACAAAACUGAAACAAUACGAAGUGUCGUUCUCGAAGCGAGAGGGUUUUAGCGCAGUUAAUCAAGGGCUCUCGUCCCAUCAGUCGCGGAAAACGCGUGGCGGUCGUGGUCAGGAGUGAAAUUUAAAUGGUAAUUUUCAGCCGGAUUACACGCUGUGGAAUUAUUCGUGGUCCUCACUUUCGCAGCUCCGGCCGGCUAAUGCCGCCUUAUUUUCAUUGCGUUCAGUCGGCCGUGCUAUAAAUAAUACACGUUACUUCCUUUGCGAGCCGCGUUCAUCACAUUUAUAAUACACUUGAGAUAGGUAUCCGCCGUGCAUUCGUUGGAUACGGCCAUCGUAUAAUUUUAACGCUACCGCCUGGCCUUUUACGUUUACGAGGGUCGUUUGCCAUUGCAUUAAUUUCUGCGUUCGUCCCGCAACGUUUCGAAACACGUGUCCGCGUUUCUGAAACUAGGCGCGUUUCGCUGUUCGCGCCACUUCGUAUCAGCCCUCGGCUGCAAUCGAUACAAUACACAUCCGUACACGAUGCCAAACUGUACGCGUCCAUAACGUGCGUUCAUUGAAUAAAUCGCGUCUGUGUAUCUUUUCUCCGUUACUCUCUCCCGUUUUUUCCUCCUUUUUUCCCCUUUUUUUAGCUUUUUUCGUUAGCAGGCUCUAUUACGUGUGACAAGAUUUGCAAGUGUUGGCGUGUACGCGCGAAUAAGCAACGAUACAACGACGUAGAAAAUAGGAGAGAAACCGAAAAAAAGGAAGAAAGAAUGAUACGCUUUACCAGCCACAAAUGGAACACCAUUUGUCGUCGUUUCAAUUGUUUUAUUUCCGGAUCGGAUUUUAUUUACUGCGGAGUAAUCGAAAUUGCAGUCGGUCGUAGUAAAAAUUAUAUAGAGACCGCGUACGGCGAGAGCGGACGCUGUCGCGUCUACGUUACAGGGUGAAAUGUUGCAUGGAUAAAUCGUAAUCCGUACGAGGCUAGUUCAAAUAUUAUUUUUCCGGUGUUUGUUCCACGGUCGAGUUCACGCUGAAAAUGUACACGCGCGGAUUAAUCAAAUACAAGCGAGACUUGUAAAAGCGAAGUUACGAUAACGUCGCCUUUUCGGGGUCGUCGUGAAAUUUUUUGGAAUAGACGAUGUAGCAUUCUUAUUCGUAAAAAAGAACUAGACGAGAGUAAGAGGGGGGCAUUGCCAAAGAUGUCUCUGGUUUUCGUCUCGACUCUAGAGGGUAUCGCAGAUAUGUGCAAGAUCCAACGAUAACUCGAUGAAAGUUCAUUUUUAUGGUUCGAGCACGUUUAAGCGAUAGGUCUAAACGUGGACCUGGCAAAGCCUGGACACCGUACAACAUACCUAGAUUUACAGAAAAAGAACGUGAUAGAAUACAAUAUUGGUAUUCUUGCUGUUAAUAUCACUGUCGGAUAUUAUCGUAAUCGUGCGCUCUAUCGUAAUCGUAUCUCGUGAUUAACGUGAUUUCACAGAAGUUGAUAUCUACUUAAGCUAGUACUCAAGCAUCGAUUAAUUUUCUUUCCGCUAUAUGUUUUUCCUCCUACGACCGCAUCUCCGUUUCGUUCGUCUCACCAACUCUCGAUUCGCUUCCUUUUUCGGCUCACGGCUCUUGUUUCACGCGAGUUUCUACCUACCGGAAAUGAAGAACGUAAGUUCGCACCGUGAGAGUGGUUCGCCAACCUUUCUCGCCCGUUGGAACAAAGAAUCAAGAGAUAGAGUCAAGAGAAAAUUUUGUUACGGGCAAUCAAUGUAGACGCGACGUGGACCGGGAACUAUCGGAAAGUUCGCAGCCGUGUGAGACAACGACGAACGAGCAAAGAGCAAGAGACGAGAAAAAUAGGAGGAGGAAACGUGAUCGAAGUUCGCCACGAUCGUGCGACGGCGCUUACGCCUACGCGACGAAUCCACCUGAACGACAUAAUUUAUGUAAUAUUUCAAUGCUCGUAUCAAGUCAUCGUCGAUGUCUUAUCAGUUCCGCGAAGAAGUUGAUUGCUCUGAUUUAAAAGCAUACGGUAUAGCGUUGGACCUUCAGUCGAGAACCAUGUGGUGCAUGUUGUUACUGCUGUGCACGCUGCAAUACGCGCUCUGUUUCCAACCUCGGAUUAUAGGGGGACAGGACGCGUACAUCACCGACUGUCCAUAUCAGGUAUCCAUUCACGAUCAACAAAAACUGUUAUGUGGAGGCUCCAUAAUCAGCCAAGAUUGGGUGUUAACGGCGGCACAUUGUGUUUCAAGCUUAGGGGCCUGGGAACUUAAAAUUCGCUUGGGUAGUACUUUUUACAAUAAAGGUGGCACGGAGAUCAAGCAGGGGCUUCAGGUAAUUCGCCACCCACAAUACAAUAGCAAGACAUUGGAUUACGAUGUUGCUUUGAUAAAGUUACCGCAGAAGAUAUCUACGAGCGAAACCAUGAAACCGAUCACCCUGGCGUCUUAUUCGAGCUCGGUAAACGCCAGAGAAAAAGCAGUGGUGACAGGAUGGGGAUAUGUGACGGAGAACGGUCCGAUGUCGAUCUCGUUGAGAAAGUUGACGUUACCUAUCCUAGACCAAAAGGAAUGCAAAAAGAUUUAUAGUAACGCAAACAUCACGGUGACGGACAACAUGAUAUGCACGGACAGUCCGAACAACGAAGACGCUUGUAAGGGUGAUUCCGGAGGACCGUUAGUGUAUAACAAAGUCCAAAUUGGCAUCGUGUCUUGGUCCUUGGGCAAAUGCACAGAUCCCAGGUUUCCCGGAGUGUACACGCGAGUUUCUGCUGUGCGACAAUGGAUAAAGGAGAAAACGCAAGUGUAAAAUUAAUGUCCCUCGGCGUACAACAAUCUCGCAAGUCUUAAAUUUACAAAUAGCGUCAGUAAAUUUUUGAUAAAGACGGAGAAUAAAAGUACGUCGAGAAGUCCUAUCUAUUAUCCAUCCAUCAAAUUAAUGUCCUAGUUUUAGCGAUUCAGAUUUAUUCGCGUCGUCAUUUCGAGAUACGAUGACACUAAUUUAACAGUAUAUAUAGAAAGAUAGAAGAAGUUAUAUAGGGAAAAUUCUCCCUACAUUUAGAUAUAUCUUGUUUUGUUUUAUUCUGUUCUGUUUCCUUUUCUAGAAACGAAAUAUCAGAGUUCUUUAAAUAUCUCAAAUAUUGAUAAUUAAAAGGAUUCAUAAAAUAAAAAGGAUUAAACUCCGAUGAUUAUCGAUCUAAUAUCAAGUCUUUUUUUACUCUGACUUAUAUACAUACGUCGGAUCGAAUAAUAUUCUUAUGGGUCCGAUACGAAUGGGACUUUCAACAAUUGCGCGAUUCAAAUCGUGAUUUAGAAGCAGAAAACGAAAAGAAAAGAAAAUGAAAAAAGUUAGAUGAACUAGACGAACUCAUCAGCGAGGCUUAUUUAGCAGACUUCGACGUGAAUGCGGGAACGUUCAAUAUUGAAAGGAUUCUUCUUUUCCGAGCGUAUGCGUGAUUUUACUGCUGGUUUGCAAACAUUCGAAAUUUCGACCGAAUUGAAAGUAAAUCCAGUGAGUUCGAAAAUUUAUAGAAUCGCAAACAAUUUCCGAACCGUGCGAUUCAAAUGACUCCCACGCUGAAAAAUAUAACGUUUCUAUUCGUUUUGUUUCCUCGAACCUUCUGUAAGAAACUAAAGGGAAACUUUCGUGGUUUCGUUGCUCGCAUUCUUUACCGGAAACGGAGCAAUGUUUCUCCUUGUUACGAGAAAAAGAGGAUCACAACGGAUCGAAAGGAAUUUAGUUAUUAAUAAAGUUAGAGUUACUAGAGAUUGGAAAUUCUAUUUGUUCGUUGCAGUUUUUGAUAUUCAACAGACACGAUGCGGCUGAAGCGAGACAACAGACUUGCAAUAACAUACGCUCGAUUUAAUCGCUUCGCUUGAGAUCGAGACAGAAGUAUGAAGAUUAUAAACGUAACGUUAAUAGUCACGUUACUUUCGAUUAACACGUUGUUAACAACCGAUUAUGUACGUCUUUAUAUACUUAUACAUACCUACGUACAGUGGUUCACGAAAGUAGUAGGACACCUUUUACGAAUAUACUAUAUGUUUCAUAGGAGAUAUUCUGAGACCCGAUUAACGUACCGAGACACCACUAUCGCGAUUAUAUUCGUGAAAUUUGAAAUAAAUCUGACAAAUCUAUCAAAGUAUAAAAUUGUCUAAGUUGUUAUUACAGGAUAGUUUAUAGUAUCUGAUAUUAUUAAGCGUUCGAUAAGUUAUACAGCUGUUAAAUCAUAUUAUUGAAAUUUAUAUUCGAUUUUUUAAUUAUAAACAGAAACAAUAAAAAAAUGUUAUGGAUUUCUGUUAUGGAAGAAACAUUGAAUAAAAUGAA